UACUGUUUCGCGUGUAAAACAAACGUGAGCGACCGUGUAAAUUUCUAUUUGACGAACAAUUCGACCCGAAAUGAAGGGAAUAAUUCGUUGGAACUAAGUUGGACAUCAUCUAAAAUCACCAUGGAUGCGGUACGGACAUUCAACAAUGAGUUGUCCAGCCUGUAUGAGGGCAAGCCGCCCAUAUCCCGGGCUAAGAUGACUCAGAUCACCAAGCUUGCUAUCAAAGCCAUCAAGUUCUACAAACACGUUGUGCAGAGUGUGGAGAAGUUCAUACAGAAGUGCCGGCCGGAGUACAAAGUACCAGGCUUGUACGUCAUCGAUUCUAUCGUCCGUCAGUCACGCCAUCAGUUUGGUGCCGAGAAGGAUGUUUUUGCGCCAAGAUUUGCCAAGAAUGUCGUCGGCACGUUUCAGUUUCUCUUCAAGUGCCCGCCAGAUGAGCGCGCCAAGAUCGUCCGCGUCCUCAACCUUUGGCAAAAGAAUGCGGUCUUUACGGCCGAUAUCAUCCAACCUCUUAUGGACAUGGCAAACCCAGAGAAAGCUGCAGCAGCAGCAGUGGAGGUGACGACCGUAGCUCCCAGUAUUGCCAAGCAGGAUAAACCGGCCGACGUCAAGGCGUGGUUGUCUCAAGCUGAUCCAGCGACGGCCGGUAAGGGCGAAGGCAAGGACGAGACCCUGAGUGCUGUGCAGCAGAUCUUACAACAAACACAACAGCAACAACUUCAACAACAGCAGCUGCAGCAGUUGCAGUUACUGCAGCAGCAGCUUGAGAAGCAGAAGCAGGCCACCGAUAUGUCAACGAGCACCAGCAAUGCGGGGCUGGUGUUGGACAGCGGCCUGGUUGACCAGAUUCACACGCUGACGGGCUUCCUGUCCACGCUGACCGGCAAAGUGGCCAGCACUAACAGCAAGCCCAACGAGGCAAGCAAACUGCCAGCUCCAGUCGCUGCUCCAGGCGCGGAGAGUAAGGCGGUUGGUUUUAACAAGGCCUUGCUGGAUUUCGACUACGGAGAUGAAGAGGAUGAAGACCACAAGGAGCCUCACCCCGUGGCCGCUCCACAGACCACUGCCAAAGGGUCUAGUCUAGAGUCCAGCGUACAGGCUGUGCACAGACUGACUGAGGAACUCAAGCAUGCACAGACUCAGCAGGAGUUUCUACGACAGCAGCUGAGACACCAGCCUGGGAUGCCCAUCCCGGCCAAUUACGCCAAACUAAUGCAGCAACGACCUCCAGAACCAGAAGCGCCACCAGAGCCUGCCGUAGCCCAAGCACAGCCAAUCGAUGUGGACGACGAUGAACAGCAGAUGCAGAUGCUGCAGCACGAAGCAGCAGCUCUUGACGAGCAGCAGCGGCGGCGCCACGACCCCGAAGAUCAAGAGGAAGGGGAGAUUGUUUCAUCUCAUAAACGAUCCAGACACAAGGACAGGAGCAGGUCCCGAUCAAGAUCACCAAAGCGGAAACGCUCCCGCUCUCGUUCUCGUUCACGGUCCGGCUCAAGAUCACGAUCCCGCUCCAAACGAAAGAAGCGGUCGCGCUCCCGGAGUCGCUCCAGACGCUCCAAGCGAUCGAGGUCCAGAGACAGACACGAGAGGAGGCGGGAACGAGAUGAAGACGAGCGGAAACGGGAUCGAGAGAAGAGGGAGAUGGAGAGGGAAAGAGAGAAGAAGGGACUUCCCCCACUCAAGGAUAAACAUCUUAGUGUAUGUACCAAGACGUUGUGGGUCGGCAGACUGCCCAAGUUUGGAGCUGAACAUGACUUAAGAUCCUACUUGGAGGACUUCGGUCCCAUCUCAAGUGUUGAUUUGGUGCCACCAAGAGGAUGUGCCUACGUGUGCAUGGAGAACAGAUUGGACGCUUACAAAGCAUUGGAAAAGCUCAAGAGGGCAAAGAUGUUUGGAAGUACUGCCAAGAUUGCAUGGGCUCCUGGGCGAGGGAUGACCGAAAACAAGAAGUUCUCAGAAUUCUGGGAGGUUGAGAAAGGCGUGACAUACCUACCCUGGGAGAAACUGUCUUCGGAGUUGGACCUUGAAGAGCUUGCUGCAGGAGCCCUCAUAGAUCAGGACACACUACCUCCUGAUUUGAAACAAGAGUUGGCUGCAAAGGAAGCUGAAAAGGCUGCCCAAGCUGAGAAAGAAGCUAAUCCCUCACAAAUCUCUCAGCUGGUCGCUGCUGCUGCAGCUGAAGUGCAACCUCCACCUGUAGGUUCUGUCAUUCCCGGCCUGAGUCUUGUUGGACCCAACUCGGGACAGCCAAUACCAACCGUCGGCCAUGCUGUACCCAACACGUUACAAGCGAUGCCGGUGGGGACGAGAAUACCAGGCCCUGUUCAACCUCCGACAGCAAGUCAGCCUCAGGCCCAUGUCCCAGGGGCCGCACCUGAGAUGGUCCGCAUGCCAGUAAUGCCGGGCGGGGUGUUCCCUCCCUUCAUGGGAUUCAGCCCCCAGAUGCCUCCGCCAGGAUUUCGAUUCCCCCAUGGUUUCCAAAUGCCACCCACCUCGGCGAACUCGCCCGCUGGUGGGGCAGUACCCCCGUCUGGUGUCCCACCAUCUUUGAUGAUACCAAGAGGUGUUCCCCCACCUACAAGCCAGCCUAGCCUCCAAGUGAGCAAUAGCAUGAAAGUCAUCACCUCGGCCAGCCAGCCUCCAGUCGCAAGCAAACCAGCCAUUGCUGGUUUUGAGAAAACAGAUUUCAAGAUCCCGGGGCUCGGCGGUGAUCCAAUCGGUUCCAAAGGGAUGGACAUCCAGGCGCAGCUGAUGGCAAUGCAGCACCAGGCUGUGCUGGCAGGUCACACAGGAGUGCCUCGACCAGGCAUGUUUUCAUUAGCUGCCUUGCCACGUGGAGUCGUUCCAGGGGGCACGCCAACAAGUCUCAUGGGUAUUCAUCCAGGCCAACAUGGUGCACUACCUCCUGCGUUUAAUCAAGAAAUCCGAAUGGGAAUGAGGCCGCAGUCAAUGUUAAGACAACCAGGAGCAAUUAUUGUCUCUCAGCAAGAAAGCAGCAUUCCAGAUCACAGCAAAACUGUUAAGUCAGAUGAGAGUCGUCCAUCCAGUACUGGAGGCAGUGACAAGGGGGAGAUUGGACCUCCACAAGGUCUAUUCGUUGUACCAAAGCCUCCCACGUCUAUACUUGGAAAGUUUAAAGAACCUGCUGGGCAGAAGGCCUCUACACCAGGCUUACCUGGAAAGAAUGAUGUUGAUAUGAGGGAAGAAAAGGGUCAACCCCAUGAAGGCCCACCCUCUGGGGCCAACCAUCGUGAAGGUAGUCUGGCUGCUCAGAUGGAUCAAGAGAAGAUGGGCCUACGUCCACCGGUGUCCCAAGAACUUUUGAUUUCAGAGGGUAACAGGUUUCAUUUACAAGGAAUGCGCUUAAUGAGGCCCAUCAUAGGCAUGCAAGGGCAGCCACUGAUUCAAAGAGCAGUUGCUCCAGGGUUCAGGAUGAGACUACCAGGGCCAGGUCAGCAGUUCGCAAUGCCAGGCCAGAUGAUCCGCAUUCCAAACCAGGGGAUGCAGCCAGGAGGUCCGCAGAUUCAGGUGAUGGGUAUGAGACAGCUACAUCCCGGAAUGAUGGGUGGAUCUGUGCGGGGAAUGAUGCCACCCCAAGGAAUUCAAACAGCAGGAGGGAUGCCAAGACCAGGAGGUAUGCUUCCUCCUGGUGGUAUGCCACCACCUGGUGGUGGUAUGCCGCCUCCUGGUGGCAUGCUGCCUCAGGGAAGCAUGGCUCCCCCAGGAGGUAUGCCACCACGCGGAUCAAUGCUGCCACCAUCAGGACUUCCACCCAACAGCCGGUUACACCCAGCAAGAGCAAAUCCAGCUGCACAGCAAGAAGGAGAAGGUCGUGAUGCUUUUCCGCAGGGCAUGCGUGGAGGCCCUCAGAUUGAAGGAGGACGGGCUGAUGGGGAGCGCAAUCCAGAAACACCUUCUGAGCGUGGCGGACGUAGCAGAUGGGGGCCUCCUGUACCUGGCCCUGAGAGAGAGAGACUGAUACCUGAACGAGAGAGACCGAUACCUGAACGAGAGAGAUUAAUACCUGAACGAGAGCGAUUGAUACCUGAACGCAGAGCUGCUCCGGAACCAUUAAUGGGAAAGGUCGACCAGGAAUUCAGUGAGCGAGACAUUGAUAUGAGAGAGAGAAAAUGGCCAGAAAGAGGCUGGCAAGAUCGUGACGAUCGAGAACGAGGUGGUAUUGGUAUGCGCGACCAAGAUUGGAGAAUGCCACCAGGCGGCCCAGGAGGUCCAGACUGGGGUCGAGACCUUGAUGAGAGAAACUUCCAAAGACAUGAUGAGAGGGAAAUGCGGCGGCCUAACUUUGACAGGGAGUGGAAGCGCCCAGGUGACAGAGACCAAGACAGAGAUAAAUUUCGGCAAGAUCUGGAUCGGGGACGAGACAUCGAUCGAAACUUAAAAGACCGGGACCGUGAGAGGGAGUUUGGCAGGGGACGUGACAGAGAUCGGGAUAGAGAUCGCGAUCGUGAUAAUCGUGAUAGGAAUCGUGAUCGGGACAGAGAUCGUGAUCGUGAUCGUGAUAGAAGAGAUCGCGACAGAGACCGCGAUAGAGAGAGGGAUCGUAGAGACCGUCGUGAUGACAAACCGCGUGACGGUGUGAAGCCAGACGGUGUUAAGCCACAGAGCAGUGACAACAAGGAACCUGAAACUACGUCACAGAAGGAUCAACCAAAGUCUGAACAAAAGGCAGAGUUAGCAACUGCUGCUGAUCAGCCCAAAAACGUAGAAGCAAACGAGCCCUCAGAGCCAAUUGUAAUUCCAUCCGAGGAACAAACGCUAGAAUCUGGAAGUACACCUCAAGUUUCCACUCAGAAUGGCCCUCCUCUCAAGUCGCCCCUGGCACAGGGUCCACCAUCAGUGGCUCCUCAUAAUGAACUGGAACCUGCUGCUCAAGCAACUGUCCCAGUUCCGCAGAAACUAAAUCCUCUCGCCGAGGCAUUUGUGCCAAGCAGUGUUGACAAACCCCAAGCAGCUUCCGCUGGAGGACUUUACAAUGAUGUUCCAGCAGCAGAUCAAAACCCGAAGCCUGAUGAAAAUCAGGAGCCUCAACCAAACAUUGAGCCUCCAACGAAGGCUAUCCAGGACAAUCCCUCAAGCCCAGCUAGUGUGAAAACCUUUGACCUUACCGAUUCAAAUGACAAAGUUAACUUGAAUCAGACCAAUUCAGUGCCACCAAUGGCGAAUUCUGUUAGUGACAUCAAGAUGAAAGAAGACACGGCAGCUGCAAGUGGUGGUAAUGACUGUGAACUGAUUGCAAAUGAAGCCGAGACACCAACAGAUAUUCCCGAACAGGCUGUAGAGACUGUUGAAUAGAAUCUUAAAAGGAAACCAACAAACUAGCCAUGUUUUUUAGAAACCUUUCAGACAUAUUGCAUGGUUUUUCCCUUCUGCAGAUCAUGAACAACUGAAGUUCAGCAAAAUUGCUUUCCAUUUCUUACCCUAAAUUUUCACACUAUGGUUGACUUCGGUUUGUUGCCUUUUAUCAAGUGCUGUACUUAAUUAUUCAAAAGAUAUUCUUUUAAGAUGUACAAACUAUUUUUAGUAAAUUCUGUUUUUGUUAUUUGUCAAGUUUUAUUUUGAUUUCAUUUUCUUCAAAAUGUAAUUGGGACAAAAGACUGUGUAAGUAUUGCACAUAUUCAAUGAGUGUUGGAAACGACACGGUUCCGAAUUGUUUGAAUACGGGCAAGACUUACGCAGCCUACAACAGAAGAAGCAAUUCCAUACUCAGGAUGUCUGGUUUCACACGCAAAUUUGGCUGACAUCAAAGUAUAGAUCUCCGUUCCAGAAACGCAGUAAUAUUUUGGCAAACCAAAGGUUACAUUUUGUAACACUCGGUGCAGUUUUGUUGUGGUACAAACUCUGUAUGAAGCUGCACUAAAAUUGACCCAAGUUAAACUUGGACCCAAAUGCACUAAAAUUGGUAACGGUUUACAGAAGAUGCUCAACUCUAUAUGGUGGUAUGUCUGGCCCUGUGCCAUUUAAUCCUGGAUCUAUCAAAAGUACCUAAAUGUUAUUUUAACCCUCCUACUGUGUUACCAUUCAAUGUCAUCUACUGUUUUUGAAUGAUAUAAUAUAAACUGUGCCAGCCUGCAAUAUGAAGCAUAGCUCUGUGCAGUUUUGUGCUCAUGUUUUCAAUCAUAUACAGUUGAAUGGUUUCAUACGGAUGGUCACCUUGCUUGAAAAUGUUACACCGGGAGGGUUAAGCAUUUUAAAAACUCCGGUUACAGAAAAACGUUUGACUAUAGGUGGCCAAAGUUUCUGACACAUUUUGGAAAAACUAAAAGAGUAAUCUAAAAGAAUACCUUUAACUUUUAAGUUGUUCUCUGAUUUCAGUCAUGCUUGAUUAAUCGUGCAAAAAUGCUACUUAAUAAUUAAAGGCAGUGGACACUAUUGGUAAUUACUCAAAAUAAUUAUUGGCAUAAAACCUUACUUGGUUAUGAGUA